GUGUGCGUGUGCGUGUGCUCAGCCUCAGCGUGAGGGGCACCUGCUUGACUGUGCUCACAGCGGAGGCAGCUUUGCCGUGAGCUGCCGCUGCCGCCGCCACCGCCGCCACUGGUGCUGCCGCUCUCAGGCGCCGGGCUCCCCGCCGCCGCCGCCGCCUCGCCAGCCAGAGUUGGGCUCCGUGGGGCUUCCCCCUCGCAGCCUCUGUCCUUCCCCGCUGCCUGCAAGUCAGCCUGGCUCCGAGUCACGUGUCAGUGCCUGAGGCAGAGACUGAAAGAAAAAAACGCGCUUCAUUCCUUCUUCCACCGCCAUACUGUAUUUUAUACUAAAUCUCAUUUUUAUUCCAACAUUUUACUCCCGCUCGGGUUAAAACAAGGUGAGCCAACCAUGACUGGAAAAACACAGACGAGCAACGUCACCAAUAAGAAUGACCCCAAGUCCAUCAACUCCCGUGUUUUUAUCGGCAAUCUAAAUACAGCCAUUGUUAAGAAAGUUGACAUUGAAGCCAUCUUCUCAAAAUACGGAAAGAUAGUUGGAUGCUCGGUACACAAAGGCUAUGCAUUUGUGCAGUACAUGAGUGAGCGACAUGCAAGAGCUGCGGUUGCUGGAGAAAAUGCCAGGAUCAUUGCAGGCCAACCACUGGAUAUCAACAUGGCAGGAGAACCCAAACCAUACAGACCAAAACCUGGAAACAAGAGGCCCCUUUCAGCACUUUAUAGACUUGAAUCAAAGGAGCCUUUCCUGUCUGUUGGUGGUUAUGUCUUUGACUAUGAUUACUACAGAGAUGAUUUCUACAAUCGGUUAUUUGAUUACCAUGGACGUGUGCCUCCACCUCCGCGAGCUGUAAUUCCACUGAAGCGCCCCAGAGUCACUGUGGCAACAACUCGCAGAGGGAAAGGAGUCUUUUCCAUGAAAGGAGGAUCAAGAUCUAUUGUCAGUGGGUCCUCUUCUUCAGGCUCAAAAUUGAAAUCAGAUGAGUUACAGACAAUCAAGAAAGAAUUAACCCAGAUCAAAACUAAAAUUGACUCCUUGCUAGGGCGCCUGGAAAAGAUUGAGAAGCAGCAGAAGGCGGAGGCAGAAGCUCAGAAGAAGCAACUGGAAGAGAGUAUAGAGCUGAUCCAAGAAGAAUGUGUGUCAGAGAAUGCAGAUCAUUCUACAGAAGAGCCUGCGGAAGGAGGGCCAGAUGCAGAUGGAGAAGAGAUGACUGAUGGGAUAGAGGAGGACUUCGAUGAAGAAGGGGGUCAUGAGCUGUUUCUACAGAUAAAAUGAUUCGAAGUAAUGUGUGGCACCAUGAAAGCUGAAAGGAGAAACUGUGACAACCCCCAGGAAUAUGACAGGAGGUUUCAUACUAGACAGCGGCAUCUUUGGUUCGAUUUAUAUAAAAACCCAAGUAAAUAAAAUGGACAAUAUUGUUCUAUUCCAUUUCUUCUAUGUUCUAAGCUGUACAAUUGUCAGAUUUUUAUGGUUUCCAUUGUAAAUGUGUUUUUCUCCCAGCUAAUUAGGUUCAUUUGAGUUUGUUUUUAAGUUGUCAAAGUCACAAAAUGUGAAGGAAGGGAAUUUAUGAAUGAUAAGGGAAACACUGUAUACAAAUGUAUAUUUGUAAAAGCUAUUUUUAUGAUUAGCAUGUUUUACUGUUGAUCAUAUAUACAGUCAGGUGAUAUUGCAGUUCUACGUUUAAAGCUUAUUUCCAACACUCUCAUGUAAGAAAAGCUACAUUGUAUGCUAGUUUUUAUAAUUUAUUUUUAAUUUAUAGUUCAAAAUAUUUCAGUUCAUAAGAAUAAAGUCCUUGAAAAGUUAUAUUUCUGUUCUCUGUAAGCACCAUUUUUAUUAAUGAAGAAUGCAAAUAUUUUAGAUGUCAUACCAUAGUUAAAGGACUGUUGGUUUGGCUGUGACUAAGUUGAGCAUGCUUCGCUCUACUGAACUGAACUGACCUCAUUAUAACCUAAUAUUUCAAACUGGGUUCCGAAAUCCAAUAGAGUGGUUUCAGUGCUUGGAUAGGUAAGAACUAGGAUGACAAGGAAAAGAUUGUCUUUUCUUUGUUUCCAAGCAUUUAUAUCAAUAUGUAAGUCACUUCAUUUCAUUUCUUUUACUAGGAAUUCUCCAUAACCAAGCAUUGCAAGUGUUUUCCAGAUGCUCUUAGCUGUUGUUUUAUGUGCUAUGGAAAUGGAAGGAACCAUGGUCACAGAUUGUAGGAGAAUUCAGCAUAUAAUUUCUUAAUAAAUACUGUUUCUUUUAAAA